CCAGUUCUAGCUGUUAGGCUGUUCUAGUUUUUAUUUUUAUUAUCUUUUUGUAUUUAUUUUUUAAUACACUGUAGCACGUUGAGGUUGUUUGCUCAAUGUAAAGUGCUUUUUACAAAUAAAAUCUAUUACUAUUAUUAUUAUUAUUAUCAAAGUACCAAUAGGAUUAAUACAGCAUUUUUUUAAACAUUCAAACAUUGAACACAGCUUUAAAAAUAUCGACAAUAUCGCGUUAUAGUAUCGUCCCCGUACUGAUACCACCCUCGGAAUCGGUAUUUGUAUCGACCCGCCUUCCCACCCCUCCGGACGCCACCUAUCUUACCUGGUGAAAGGUGAGGCGACGACAAGGCGCCACGCCCGCGGACAUUACUGUUGUUGUUCUUCUUCCACACGCAGAUAUUAUUAUUGUUGUUCCACACGCCGCCAUGACUGUUGGGACUCUUUGUCGGCUUCUCCUGCUUCUUUCUGCCCUACGCACCUGCUCGUGUGACACAGAUGACCUGCGAGGGUGGACCGGCACCGAGACCAACGAGGGUCUGCUGGUGGGCCCCCAGGUGGAGGCGGCUCUGACCAGCGGCCUGACCACGGUCUUCCUGCCGGUGGUCUACAUCGUGGUGUUCGUGGUGGGCCUGCCCGCCAACGCCAUGGCCAUCUGGGUGUUCCUGUUCCGCACCAAGAAGAAGCACCCGUCCUCCAUCUACAUGGCCAACCUGGCGCUGGCCGACCUGCUCUUCGUCAUCUGGGUCCCCCUGAAGAUCGCCUACCACUUCAACGGCAACAACUGGGUCUACGGCGAGGGCCUGUGCAAGGUUCUGGUGGCCUUCUUCUACGGGAACAUGUACUGCUCCAUGGCGUUCAUCGCCUGCAUCAGCGUGCAGCGCUACUGGGUGGUGGUGCACCCGCUGGCCCGGCGUCGGCGGGAGACCUGCGUGGCGUGCGCCGUCUGCGCCAGCAUCUGGGCGGCGGUGUGGCUCCUCACCGUUCCUCUCUACCUGUACGACCAGCAGGUCCACAUCGCCAACCUGGACAUCCUCACCUGCCACGACGUCACCCGCCCGGGCCAGAGGGAGAUGGCGGCGGGCUACUUCCUGACCAUGGGCACCGUGGGCUUUGUGUUGCCCGCCGCAGUUUGCGUGGUGACCUACGCGCUCAUGCUGCGGGCGCUGCGCAGCACCAUGGCGGACCCCACGGUGGGCAAGCAGCGGCGUAAGGCGGUGGUGCUGAUCGUGACCGUGGUGGUGAUGUUCCUGGUGUGCUUCACGCCCAGCAACAUCAUGCUGCUGGUGCACUACGUGCUGCUCCUCAACCACGCCCGCAACAACAUGUACGGCUUCUACAUCACCUCUCUGUGCCUGGCCAGCCUCAACAGCUGCAUCGACCCCUUCGUCUACUACUACAUCUCAGACGACUUCCGCCAGCACGUCAAGAACACCUUCCUGUGCCGCAGCCAGCGCACCGUGGAGCGCAUGCGGGUCUCCUUCAGCGCCCUCAAGUUCUCCAAGAAGACCAACAUUUACACCUCCGACUCCGGGGGCAACACGGGAAGCUCGCAGUGUUAUCUCCUCUGGAUUAAACUGGUCUCCAAGGGCGACAGGAAAGGACGCGGAUUCGUCGGGGUGAAAGACCCCCAGGACUCUGAUCUGGUGGUGGUGGAGCGGGCCACGUCGGAGACCCUGCAGAGCGGCCUUACCACCGUCUUCCUGCCGCUGGUCUACAUCGUGGUGUUUGUGGUGGGCCUGCCCACCAACGCCAUGGCCAUCUGGGUGUUCCUGUUCCGCACCAAGAAGAAGCACCCGUCCUCCAUCUACAUGGCCAACCUGGCGCUGGCCGACCUGCUCUUCGUCAUCUGGACGCCGCUGAAGAUCGCCUACCAUUUCGGCGGCAACGACUGGACCUACGGCGAGCCGCUGUGCAAGGUUCUGGUGGGCUUCUUCUACGGGAACAUGUACUGCUCCAUCCUCUUCAUCGCCUGCCUGAGCGUGCAGCGCUACUGGGUGGUGGUGCACCCGCUCUCCCAUCAGAGGAGGAACAACAAGGUGGCCGUCGGGGUCUGCGUGGCCGUCUGGGUCUUCAUCUGGCUCAGCACCACACCGCUCUACCUGUACCAGCACACGGCCCGGCUCCGAGAGCCCGGCAUCACCACCUGCCACGACGUCAACAUCAUCCUGGACCCGCUGGACCCCUACCCGUCGGUGCGGCUGCCUUUCUUCUACUUCAUCUUCAUGGGCCUGGUGGUGUUCCCGGUGUCGUGCGCGGUCAUCGUGGUGGCCUACGUCCUGCUCCUGAAGGCCCUGGGGAGGAACACGGAGGGCAACGCGACGGGAAAGAACCGCAAGCGGGCGGUGGUCCUGAUCGCCGUGGUGCUGGUCACCUUCCUGGUGUGCUUCGUGCCGAGCAACAUCAUGCUGGUGGUGCACUACUCGCUGCUGAAGGACGGCGUGGCCAACAACGGCUACGGCUUCUACGUGACCACGCUGUGCCUCGCCAGCCUCAACAGCGUGCUGGACCCGUUCAUCUACUACUAUGUCUCCGAGGACUUCCGCAACCACGUGAAGAACACGCUGCUGUGCAGGAGCAGCCGGACGGUGGAGCGCAUGAGGGUCUCCUUCAGCUCCAUGAACUACUCCAGAAAAAGCAAGACCUACGUGUCGGACGCUGGGGGAACGCAGAGCAGCUCUUGCUAGCCAACCUAUUGCGAGGACACAGUGGUCAAUCCGUCCGAUUACAACCGGGAUACCUUCAAAUGUCACGGAACCAAAGACUUGAGGCCAUGGCUACGCGGAUGAUAUUUAAACCUAAAAAAAUCUCUUUCUGGAUGUUUUCCAAAGAAAGUCUUAUUCACCAGGAGAACAUGGACUUACUUCCUCACGGGUGCUGGUUUCAUUCGGUAAAAGGACAAAUCCAUCCGCAAUGUAGCGCUAAGGUACAUCUACUGUUGUCAGCAGGUCGGCUAAUUUUUCAAUGGCUGAGAGCCGAUGAAUGUGUUUUUUAACAAACCGAUGUCCAACAAGACCAAACUGGAGAUGGACUUCAGCUUUUGGAACACUCAGGAAAAUAGAGAACUAAGACUAAAACCUUGGCACGUUCCUGCAAACUUUGAACCUCUUUAUUCACAUUAGUGUUUUGGGUUCAUGUACAGAUAAAAAAAAAUUUAAAUGUUACAGUAUGUGGUUUUGCUAAAUAAAUGCUAAAAAUUAAAUAACAAACAUUGUCUAGUGACUCACUGGGUGACUGAGGUCCUGGCUGACCUGCAUGGACUCCGGUAACACGCAGAGCAGCUCUUGCUAGGGAACCCAUUGGGAGGACACGGUGGUCAAUCCGUCCGAUUACAACCGGGAUACCUCUACUGUUGUCAGCUAAUUUUUCAAUGCCUGAGAGCCGAUGAAUGUUUUUUAACCAACAAGACCAAACUCUGGAGAUGGACUUCAGCUUCUGGAAUACUCAGGAAAGUAGAGAACUAAGAGUGAAACCUCGGCACGUUCCUGCAAACUUUUAACCUCAUUAUUCACAUUAGUGUUUUGGGUUCAUGUACAGAUAAAACAUUUUUUAAGUUUUAUAGUAUUUUGUUUUGCUAAAUAAAUGCUAAAAAUUAAAAGCAAAUGUUCUCUAGUGACUCACUGGGUGAAUGAGGUCCUGGCUGGCCUACGUGGACUCCGAGAACACGCAGAGCAGCUCUUGCUAGGGAACCCAUUGGGAGGACACGGUGGUCAAUCCGUCCAAUUACAACCGGGAUACCUACAAAGAGUUCAGGCCAAGGCAACACGGAUCAUAUUUAAACCUAAAAACAAACACUUUCUGGAUGUUUUCUACAGAAAGUCUUAUUCACCAGGAGAACAUGGACUUACUUCCUCACAGGUGCUGGUUUAAUUCGGUAAAAGGACAAAUCCAUCCGCAAUGUAGCGCUAAGGUACAUCUACUGUUGUCAGCAAGUCGGCUAAUUUUUCAAUGGCUGAGAGCCGAUGAAUUUGUUUUUUAACAAACCGAUGUCCAACAAGACCAAACUCUGGAGAUGGACUUCAGCUUUUGGAACACUCAGGAACAUAGAGAACUAAGACUAAAACCUUGGCACGUUCCUGCAAACUUUUAACCUCAUUAUCCACAUUAGCAUUUUGGUUCAUGUACAGAUAACAUGUUUUUAAGUGUUACGGUAUGUUGUUUUGCUAAAUAAAUGCUAAAAUGUAAAAACAAACGUUCUCUAGUGACUCACUGGGUGAAUGAGGUCCUGGCUGGCCUACGUGGACUCUGAGAACAUGCAGAGCAGCUCUUGCUAGGGAACCCAUUGGGAGGACACUGUGGUCAAUCUGUCCGAUUACAACCGGGAUACCUCUACUGUUGUCAGCAGGUCGGCUAAUUUUUCAAUGCCCAAGAGCCGAUGAAUGUGUUUUUAACAAACCGAUGUCCAACGAGACCCAAACUCUGGAGAUGGACUUCAGCUUUUGGAACACUCAGGAGAGUAGAGAACUAAGAGUGAAACCUCGGCACGUUCCUGCAAACUUUUAACCUCAUUAUCCACAUUAGUGUUUUGGGUUCAU